AUGGAACGGUUUGUUCGCUUCCUUGUAGCCAAAGUCAUCUUGUUGGCUUUAGCAUCUUCAUUUGUAACUUGUUACGACCCAAGUCCUCUUCAAGACUUUUGUGUUGCCGUCGAUGACGUUAAUGGCGUUUUCGUGAACGGAAAAUUCUGCAAAGACCCAAAAUACGUGAAAGCCGAAGACUUUUUUACUUCCGGACUAAACAUCGCCGGAAACACUAUGAACCGCGUCGGCUCCAACGUGACCAACGUUAACGUCGACAAAAUCCCGGGACUCAACACACUAGGAGUCUCUCUUGUCCGAAUUGACUUUGCCCCGGGUGGUCAAAACCCGCCCCACACUCACCCACGAGCCACCGAGAUCCUCGUCCUUGUCGAAGGAACGCUCUUAGUCGGGUUUGUGUCGUCGAACCAAGACAAUAACAGGUUGUUCUCGAAGGUUCUUUAUCCCGGAGACGUGUUUGUGUUUCCCAUCGGAAUGAUCCAUUUUCAAGUGAAUGUUGGGAGGACGAACGCUGUUGCAUUUGCUGGUCUUGGAAGCCAAAACCCCGGUACGAUCACAAUCGCAGACGCUGUCUUCGGUUCGAAGCCUUUGAUCAUGCCGGAGAUUUUAGCUAAAGCGUUUCAGCUUGAUGUGAACGUGGUUAGGUUUCUCGAAGCAAGGUUUUCUUCUAACUAUAAAUGA